ACACCAUCCCUUCUUGCGAAAAUAAUUAUCAUCCAAUGAGCUGAGAUUUGUAGUAAGUGCCAGUACACUGGAUCAUUGAUAUUUAGAAUCUUGAACAAUAACUCAAGAUGACGAUUCAUUGACGGGGUCAUUGCAUCCUGCCUGCAUUCUCCUUCCAGCCUUUGGGGGAUCCGGUUCAAAACCGUAGUGAAGAAUGGAGAAAUGAGAAUGUUUCCAAUACAACGGUAAGGUUACGAUAUAUGAAGGACUAUGAGGUCAUUCAGUAGCUUGAGUCUCAGCCUUCGCAUCCUUAAAGUGAUUGAGGAAGCCCAGGUGGAGUGGGCUUCAGUUUUGGAACGGGUAUCCUGCCGAGGCCGUGCCUUUUUGGUGGCUGAAAAAAACGUGAUACGGGUACGAAGAAGGCAUGCUAGCGAUGAAGGGAGAAGAAGGGAUGUCCUUCUUGGAAAGGGCCGCUGCCGUUGGGGGUCUCCGAUUCUGCUAUUUUGUUAUUUCAGAACUCGACUAGAAGCUAAGCUGGGUGUUGAUGGAUUCGUCUUUGGGAAGUUUCCAAAGGCUGCCGAGAUGAUUUCUGAACGAAUUUAACAUCUGUCUCUUGUAGCCCAUAGCGUCGUUUUUAUCCGUGGCUAUGUCUGUACGACCUUGAGAAGGGAUGAAACAUUGCUGGGACAAGAAGGAU